AUGCAGCCCAAGUCUCUUCUCUUCGGCUUCAUUGCCGCUGCUUCAGCCCAAUCUUCCUCCACGAGCAUGGAUAUGGGGUCUGUUACCGUAAUCGCGAGUCUGGCCACCACCUCGACCCUGUCCCCAAUUCCGCCAGUCACCAUCGCCCCCGUGAGUAUCAGCACCAACCCAGCCGUCACCGCCAAUGUCUCUUACACCUACUACAACACCACGGUCACUACCAAAGUCGUUGUCGCGGAGCUGACUACCAUCUGUGCGACUGCUACCACUUAUACCUUCAACGACUGCACGUACCCGGCCACCAAGGGCCAGACCAUCACUGUGACCAAUUGCCCGUGCACCAUUACCAAGACAUUCCCAACGCUGACCUCGUCGAUCUGCCCUGGCUCGACCGGCCCAGCGGCACCCCCGACCAACAACAACGCUCCCGUCCCGCCGCCGCCCGUCAACGCCGACAGCGGCAGCUCCGGCACCACCUACAACAAGCCCAUGACGCCCACCGCCUCCCCGACCGGCCCGGUCCAGGUCAACAGCGCCUCGGGCAACGCCGCGGCCGGCAUGCUUGCCGCCAUGGUCUUUGGGCUCAUGGGACUCGCGUUCUAA